AUGGAUGAGCAGAAAGAAAAGAUGGACGAUCUUGCAUCGCUUUUUCUUCCAGAUCUUUUACACCCUCUUUCAUCACUCAACUCAGACGCAUUGGUCAAGCAAGAAGACGACGGUUUUCAUGCUGCCUUGUUUCAGAAUGACCAGCCAAAGAUGUCUUCAUAUCUGUCAAGUAUGAACAUGCAAAUGUCCAAUACUGACCAUGACAAUCUGCUGCUGCUGUUCGAUCCCGAUAGCAUAUACUCAAUGAACAUGGGCACCGGACCUGGCCCAAACCACAUGGGCAACUACACAAAUCAGGGUAAUAAUAUGCGCUUUCUGCCUCAUGUUGCUCCUCAAGAAGAGGGCAUGACGCACACCCUGCAUUACCAAGAUUUUGUCCCAGCAGAGGCAGCUGGAAUCCAGCCUCCAAUGCGGUUCCACCAAAUGCAGAAACAGUAUCUCCCCCAACACAUCAUGCCUUUCCAACAAGCUUGGUCCCCACUGACUGUUAUAGGCCAGUUUGACGGCAUGAACUACUACGGAAGCAUGAGCCCUCAGGGUCCUUACCCUCAAGCAAUGGCUGGUCCAAUGGCAGGUCACAAUGAGAUUGAGGAGACUCUGUUGUUUGGAACAUCAAAGACGGCAACUCCAGAGGUCCCACAAGGGAAUUACGCCUAUGAUCGUUACCCUUCAAAUUCUAGAGGGAAAGCCGGCAUCAAGCGGUCUGAGUCUGAUCAAGACUCAUUGACACUAAACAACGGUAAAGCCAAAAAUUCAAGAAAGAGAGCAAGGUCGCCCAAACGAGAGGAGCCCAAUUCAGGGUUUCAAAAGCAAGCUACGGCAUCAACCAUUAAGGUCGACUAUAAUCCUAACGUUCUCAAAAAGCUUCUAGAUCUUGAGGCCACCAAUGAACACCCACCCAUUCAAAUUUUUGACCAUGCAAAUCAGCCUGUUGAUAUUAAUUUCAGAGGCUUCAUAUCAGGACGAUUUUACACAAACGAUCAAGACAAUUUCAAUCACAUUUCGGCCACGAAAGAGGUACCUCAACUAGAUAAAAGGUAUAAGCCGGAAGUUAUUUCUUGUUACAGGCGAAACUUUAUUCAUAUCAACAUAAAUUUCCAUCGCUCAAGUGAUUACAAUCUCCUAGCUAUUCCUGGUAAAGGCGUGAUCAAUGGUUUUCGAAUUGAUGUGUUGGCCUUUGCUAACGGCGAUGAAUGUAAGAGAAUUCCGGUCAUCAUAAACAGAGAGAAGGAGUCGAUGAAAGACAGAAGCAAAGGCUAUGCAGAUGUCGUUCUUCCCCACCAAAUUGAUACUUCUCACAAAGUGCUGGUGGAAGAAAGUGCCGAAGACAAUUACUUCACCAUUAGAAAAGCUCAAUUCAAAAGUGCAACUGCAAAUAGUAUGAAUGUGAGCUACCAAACAUUCAACAACUUCACGAUCAGACUAAUAGCAGAGCUAGAUAGGGAGGAGGUCAUAGUCAAAGAACUCAGGAGUUCAGCUAUAAUUGUCAGGGGCAGGAACCCUUCAUUUUAUCACAAAAGGGGCGAUGUUCUGAUUGAGAGCAGGCCAGCGGUCUCCAAGUCAAGUUUUGCAAUGUCGGAACAAAUGUUGACAGAGGGUGAAUUCUUGGGACAAGAAUUCAGCUCGACUCUGCAGGAUACUGAUACUCAAACACAGGGCACAGGGGAAGGUCUGCCCGACAAUGCGGGAAGUGAAAGAUUGGAAAUCAAGCUCGAGCCGAAGGAAUCAUCGAUAUCAGGACAUUCAGAAGAGCGCUCUGGUCGUGAGGAAGAUCCAAUAGAAGAGACAUCGCAAACGAAGCCACGCCUGAACAGGCAGACGCCAGUUCCAAGUGGGGCACCUCUGGCCACAAAUCUCAAGGAUUUGCUAGAUUCCAAAUCAUUUGUCGAUGCGGAAGGAAAGCCUACAAAAUACCGAUACUUCCCGAUCCUGAACGUAUAUUACUUACCUCCUAUCAAUGUGGUAUACUUCCCUCAUAGAGCCCAUCAGCUGAAGCAGGAAUCAGGCAGUGAUGCAAAUGCUGAGGAAGGGCAGGGACAACAGUUGAACAUGGCAGAUACGAGCGCAAGGAGAGCCGAUAAAAAGAAACCCACCUCAAAGUUCUAUUUCAAAUAG